AUGGUUUCGUCUGUGGCUCUUUCGCUUACCCCCGAUCCUCCGGACGAAGACGAUAUGGUCUCUCCCGACUCAAAAUCGCCUCCUCCUCUCAUAAGCUCAUCAGCUCCAGCGGCUAUCCCAAACCUUCGCAAGAUCUCAUCUCCCACUUGUGAGAUAGAUGGGAUUCCGGUGGUUCUCGCUCCAGAUUCGGUGGUUCUUCAAGCCUCUGAGGCCUGGAAAGACCACAUUAUUGCUCAUUUCCAUGGUCGUUGCCCGUCUCCAUCAAAGAUAUACGACGAUUUGAAUCCGGUUUGGGGUAAACAUGGGAACAUUACGGUUCGAACUCUUUCGCAGACGGCGGCUCUAAUCUUUGUUCCUUCUACGGCAUCUCGUGAGUGGGUGCUACAAGUGGGUUACUGGCAAGUUGACAAAUGUGCUUUGACGGCCCUGCCUUGGACCCCUGGAGCUUCUUUGGAGUUACAGGACUUGGUUACAGCUCCCACAUGGGCGGUGCUCAAGAACGUUCCUCCGCAGCUGUAUUCCUUGGAUGGAAUUAGUGUGAUUGCCAGUGGCAUUGGUGAACCGUUGCAUACUGAAAACUCAAGGUUGGAACCGUUCUAUUUCGGUGACACGAAAGUGAAGGUGGAAAUCAAGUUGGAAGCUCUUCCUCCUUUGGCAGUCAUUGUUAGAGACACUCAAGGCUACUCUGUUCGAGUCAAUGUGGAGUACACUCGCUUGCCUCCUAAAUGUUGUAACUGUGGUAAAUUCGGCCACAUGCUCAAGUACUGCACCAUCCCAAUUCAUAGGAAAAAUUUCAAGCAGCACCAAAGUAUGCCUCGUGUAUCUUCUUCUGCGGCUCAGGUUACAGUUGAGAACAAGGACCUUUCUGCACCGGAUUCGGGUUCCAUUAUGGAAUUGGAGAAGGAUUCAAACGAUACCCCAAUUUCUGAUGACCCCUCCUUUCAGGUUCUGCCUCAGGUUGUGGAAGAUGUCGCAUUAGCAAGCUCCUCUAAAAGUGUUGCCGGUGUGGCCUCUCCCCAGAAGAAGCCUUCAGUACUAUACUUAAGUCAUAGAAAGGACAAGAAUAAAAAGCUUCGAGUCCCAAGCGAUCCUGCUCAUGAGCAGGUGGUUGUUGAUACGGCUUCAGAUUCUCACCCUCAGGCACCACUGGAUGUUCACUCUUUUCAGUCAUUGAAUAACCAGGCUCUGCCGCCGGACAUUGCUUUGGAAGAGGGUGAAAUCCCCUUCCAACCCUCUCCUGUUGCACUAAAGAAGGCAAGAAGGAUUAAACGUCAGGAAGCGCUCCUAGCAGCAGCCUCUCCUUCUUCAGCUGUCUCCCUCUUGUUCUCAUCUAUCCGAGGAAAGGGUUUUAAUCAAACAGCUCGGCAACGUUUUGUAAAGUCUUGGCUCACGAAUAAUAAGCCGGUCUUUGGGGGUAUCUUAGAGAAUAGAGUCUCAGAGGAGAAUGCACCGUCAAUCAUGGCUUCCACCUUCCCUGGCUGGAGGUGGGACAAUAAUUACUCUUACUCUGAUCUCGGCAGGAUUUGGAUUAUCUGGGAUCCAGCUGUAUCAGUGGUGGUUUAUAAAAAGACAGCUCAGUUUAUUUUGUGUGGGGUUUUUGAUCCGGCUACUGGAACGUCCUUUUCAGUGGCGGUUGUCUAUGGCUUCAAUACUGAAGCUCAGCGUAGCGAGCUGUGGCAGGACCUGACAACAGUUAAUACCAACUCUCCUCUCUCGUCUAGUGCUUGGCUUUUGUUGGGGGAUUUUAAUCAAAUCCUUUCCUCCGACGAACACUAUUCUAUAGAGGCUUAUGAUCCUCCAGUUAGAGGCAUGGAGGAGUUUCGAACUUUCUUGGAUUCAAAUGAUCUUACUGAUCUCAACUGCAGGAGAACUUUCUACACUUGGAAUAAUUCCAGACCGGAGGAUCCUAUUUUGCGGAAAUUAGACAGAGCAUUAGUCAAUCCAGUUUGGAUUCAUCAGUUCCCGGAAUCUCUGGCGAUCUUCGAUCCUCCAGGCGAUUCCGAUCAUUCACCGUGCCUAGUCUCACUAUCUCCUUCAGAGCACUCUGGUAGAAAGAGCUUUAAGUACUUCUCCUUCGUCUCUACACAUUCUGAAUUUCUGCCCCGGUUGCAAGCCUCUUGGAGUCAAUCUGUCGGUACAGGUUCUAAGCUCUUUCUUUUGGGUCAGCGAUUGAAGCUAGCUAAAGAGUGUUGUCGUAAUCUGAAUAGAGAAGGGUUUGGUAAUAUUCAGCAACGUACUAAGGAUGCCCUAGUAGAGUUGGAAAGGAUUCAGAAUGCACUACUCACUGUUCCGACACCAGACCUGGUAACGGAGGAGUCUCAAGCUCGAGAGGUUUGGUCUUUCUUUGCUUCAACGCAAGAGAAUUUUUUCAAGCUUAAAUCAAGAAUUCGUUGGCUUAAAGAAGGGGAAUCAAACACUAGAUUCUUCCAUCGUGUGGUUAUGAACAGACAGUCUUGGAAUGCUAUCCGAUACCUUAGGAACUCCUCGGGUCUUCGGAUCUUCAAUCAGGAACAAAUCAAAGGCAUGACUGUGGCUUAUUUUAAGAAUCUCUUAGGUUCAGAUAACAGGGGAAUUGAGCCGAUGUUAGUGGAUCAGAUUCGCCUCUUGCAUCCUUUCAGAUGCUCUGACUCCUUAGCCUCUGAACUAACUCGUCUCCCAACUGAUGAAGAGAUCAAGGAAGUGUUUUUCAAACUGCCUAAGUCCAAAGCUCCGGGUCCAGACGGUUUCUCCGUGGAGUUUUUUCUAGAUGCAUGGGAGGUAGUUGGAGAAGAUUCUAUUCAAGAUGUUAAGGAGUUUUUCUCCUCAGGGAGAAUGCUUCGGAAGUUUAAUGCUACUACUAUUGCUCUCUUGCCCAAGAUGACAUGA